GACUCUCAGCCCCUGCCCAGAGGGGAAGGGUGAGGCGGUGGGCUCUGUUGGAUGUCACCCCUCCCCCUCCUGUAAACUUACCCCCUUCGGAGGAAACCAAAGCUGAAUCUGCUUCCAGGCCCCAGAGAGGAAGCCAGGCCCUGUGCGGUGGGUGCUUAUUCCUAUCCCUAUUUUGUAGAAGAGGAAACUGGCCAAGAGCUUUUAUCUGAGGUGCCCAAUAUCCAAUAGUAACUGAUGAGUGUGCACGAAGACACUUGUGUGUGAAGGAGAUUUAAGUGGAAAAGUCGAUGCACAGAGACAGUCCCACUCUCUCGGCGUUGGAAGCCUGGGUCCAGUGGCACGAAAAGUGGUUACACCUGGAGACUUCCUCAGCUGCAUUGGAUGGCCGUGUUGUCUUUUGUGCUCCAAAGUGCCCUAAGUGCUCUGCUGAGUCGUCCUCUCAGCCUUUGAACCUUCUUAUUGGUUUCUUCUGUCUGUUCCGCCGAAGCAGUCUUCACAUGCUGGAGUUUCUCUGGAGCAGGAAUAUGGCUCAGGAUCUCACUGAAAAGGAGCUAUUAAAAAUGCAGAUCGAUCAACUUAAGAAGGAAGUGAAGAAUGAAAGAUCUAUGAUUUCCAAAACAGGGAAAGAACUGAAGGACUAUGUGGAAGCUCAUGCUGGAGAUGACCCCCUCCUUAAAGGCAUCCCUGAGGAUAAAAAUCCCUUUAAGGAGAAAGGUGGUUGUAUGAUAAGCUGACCACCCCUUUCCCCAAUCUUGACCCUGACCCCGAGGCUCAGCUUUUCCCCAGUCCCCUAGCUGAUCACCUGCAGACCCAAAUACCAGGCAAGAAAAUAUCAUUCUACUCUACCCUCCCAAUUCUGUCCACUUUCCUCCAAGGUUAUUCCCAUUCUUUCCUAGUUAACUAAUUGGAGGUUAAAACCUAAUUGUGUGCUGGGCCAGGAAAAUGCUGCCAGCUCAAUCCAAAGGGCUAUCUAGGGGGACAAUAAAAUGUUAGAAUGAAUGAAAAAUCA